GGAGCUUGAUUCUUGAAGACAUGCAUGUCAUGAAUUCUUCCAAAAAGGUCACACAGCUCACACCCAACGCAUUCUCUCCUUCAUAGUUUAUAUAACCACACACAUUAACAUGGUGUUUAUGUGUGUGUGUGUGUGUUUCGAUCUUUUCUCAACCUCCUUAAUUAAUUCAUCAAUGGCGGAUCUGAUGAUGCCCAAGUUGAUAAACCUGCUAUCGUCUCUUCUUCAGAGAGCCGCGGAAUCGAACGAUCUCAACCGUCCAUUACACACUCAGAAGAUAUCCAUCUUCUACGGAUUGAUCCGACCCAAUAUAAGCAUCGAGAAAUACCUGGAGCGGAUCUUCAGAUACGCCAAUUGCAGUCCGUCGUGCUAUGUGGUGGCGUAUGUUUAUCUGGAUCGGUUCGUGAAGAGUCAGCCAUUUUUGCCGAUUAACUCUUUCAAUGUUCACCGAUUGCUUGUUACCAGUGUACUUAUCUCGAUCAAAUUCAUGGAUGAUAUAUGUUUCAACAAUGCGUAUUACGCAAAAGUUGGAGGAAUAUCAACGGUUGAGAUUAACCUGCUUGAAGUCGACUUUCUAUUCGGGUUGGGGUUCCAAUUAAACGUCACACCGGAGACAUUCCGGGACUACUGUACAUAUCUUCAAUCGGAGAUGAUGAUGGGGUUUCCUCCUGUGUGCUCGGCUCCACCAGUUCUUACCAUGGGCGCAGAUCAUUGUGCCAUCAUCAAUGAAGAUGAUUGUCAAUCUCAACAUCAUCAACCGCAGCUGGCUGUUUGAUGGGCAUAUAUGGGAAUUACCCGGUGCGCUCGACUCCAGCUAAGGCUUUUUGGAGAUGCGAAAAUUUUCAUGUGUUAAGUUUAAACUUUAAAGUAAGAAAGGUUUUUUUUAACACUUUCCAUUGUUGUCCAAAAGCAAGCGUUUUACAUGAUUAAAAAUUUUGGUCAUUAGAUCCACCUUAAAUUCGCAUCGAUCUUAAUGACUCAAUCAUUCAAAGACUCUUUCCCAAUUACUGCUGAAUCACAUCAAAACUUAUCGAAAUCUAAAAAAGUAGCAUCUUAAACUUUUUUUUUUUGUAAUGAGUAAUGAUAAUAUAUAUUAGCUAAUUAAAAAUAUUGUAAUUAUCAUUGAUUCAAGUCAGAAUUAACGAAUCGCAUGUCUAUCAUUCAAAGACCUAUUGACCAAAAGCAAAAGUUGAUGAUGGCAUCUAAAUUGUAAGAGCUUGUUAUCGUUUAAAUCUCAUCAACCGAAGGUACAGAUUAAAAAUAUGAGGAAAGACAUCUCUAAGUAUACGUAAAAAUCC